AUGGGAAAGCUUGUGGUUCCUUCUGAUAUCUCUUUGUUGGAGGAAAAGCAGACGGUGGGUCGGCGCCGGCUGACCGUGUUGGAGCGUCUGGGGCUGAUGACCAUGGCCCCUAUGGUUCACUGGAACUACACAAAAAACGACAAACACGACAUGCGCCAAGUGCUGCAGAGGCAAUACGAUCUCAGCCGUUCAGACCCGGCGACGGAUAUUGUUGUGAGGCGCCAGGAAAGCAUCCGCAAGCGCGUCGUCGCGCACAACGGCGUCUGGGCUGGCGUGGCUGUGAGCACUCUGCUGGGGCACUACUCGUUGCGGCGCUACGACUACAAAACGAAACUGAUUGUGUUGCCUUUCCUGGCCUACGGGGGAUCGUGGCUGGGGCGCUUCAUCGCGAACGGCUUGACUGGUCGGUGGUCCGAGUGGGGACGCGACCGCGCCUUGGGAGCGUUGCCGCCGAAAGCCUUCUUUGAGGGCUGA